AUGUUGUCUGCCACAAGCCGAACUGCGCGGCUAGGCCUUCGUCGGCCCUCAGUAGUCACCCCUGCUCGAAGCAGCUUCUACGUUCCAGCUUCACGGAUCCGCUUCUAUCCUUCUAGUCAACCCAAAUCUACAUAUUUGUCAACAAUACCUUUGCGAAGCUAUGCCACAGGUCGUGGCCCGCAUCCACCAGGCGGCACACAUCGUAUGAAUGUAGGCGGAGAACCAGAGAAAUCCGCCCUCGAGCAGUUUGGUGUCGAUCUCACCGCAAAAGCCAAGGCCGGAAAACUCGAUCCAGUCAUUGGAAGAGAUGCAGAAAUUCACCGAACGAUCCAGGUUCUUUCGCGACGAACGAAGAACAAUCCCGUCCUUAUCGGCGCCGCCGGUACUGGAAAAACCGCAAUUCUGGAAGGCCUAGCGCAAAGAAUCGUGCAGGGAGACGUGCCCGAAAGUGUCAAGAAUAAAAGGGUCAUUGCACUGGACCUGGGUUCCUUGAUUGCUGGAGCUAAGUUCCGAGGGGAUUUUGAAGAAAGGUUAAAGUCAGUAUUGAAGGAAGUCGAGGACGCAGAGGGCAAUGUGAUCCUGUUCAUCGACGAGCUGCAUACUCUACUCGGUCUUGGAAAGGCUGAAGGUAGCAUUGAUGCAAGCAAUCUGUUGAAACCGGCAUUGUCCCGAGGCGAGCUUCAAUGUUGCGGCGCAACGACCUUCAAUGAAUAUCGUUUGAUCGAAAAAGACGUGGCGCUGGCACGUCGCUUUCAAGCUAUCCAAGUCAGCGAACCGUCCGUCGCUUCUACGAUUUCUAUCCUCCGUGGUAUCAAGAAUAAAUAUGAAGUACACCAUGGUGUGAGAAUCACAGAUGCUGCUAUUGUUGCCGCUGCUACGUAUAGCAACCGCUACAUCACGGAUCGUUUCCUCCCUGACAAGGCCAUUGACUUGGUGGACGAAGCCGCCUCAGCACUGCGGCUGCAACAAGAGUCUAAACCCGAGUCCAUCCUCGAGUUGGAUCGCGAAAUCACGACGAUACAGAUUGAGCUAGAAUCUCUGCGCAAGGAAACAGACGUCACAAGCAAAGAGCGUCGAGCGAAGCUAGAAGAAAUGCUAAAGACAAAGCAAGAGGAAGUCAAGAAACUCAUGGAUAUCUGGAACAAGGAAAAAGAGGAGAUUGAAGGGAUCAAACGGACUAAGGAAGACCUGGAAAAAUCGCGCUUCGAAUUAGAAAAAGCACAGCGUGAAGGAGACUUCGGAAGGGCCAGUGAGCUUCGUUACUCCGUCAUCCCGAGUCUCGAGGCCAAAUUGCCCCAAGAAGGUGCCGACCUUGAAACCAAAGACGCAUUAAUCCACGACUCAGUCACAGCGGACGAUAUUGCAACUGUGGUUUCACGUACUACCGGCAUUCCAGUGAACAAGUUGAUGUCCGGAGAGGUUGAGAAACUGAUACACAUGGAGGACACCUUGCGGCAGUCGGUACGGGGUCAAGAUGAGGCUCUGUCGGCUGUUGCAAACGCUGUCCGGAUGCAGCGAGCAGGUCUAAGCGGUGAGAACAAGCCCUUAGCAUCUUUCAUGUUCCUUGGUCCCACCGGUGUCGGUAAGACGGAGCUAUGCAAGAAGAUGGCAGGCUUCCUCUUCUCCACAGAAAGUGCAGUUUUGAGAUUCGACAUGAGCGAAUUCCAGGAGAAACACACAAUUAGCCGUCUGAUCGGAUCACCAGCCGGCUAUGUUGGUUAUGAUGACGCCGGUCAGCUCACCGAGGCUGUUAGGAGAAAACCUUACGCUGUAUUAUUGUUUGAUGAAUUCGAAAAGGCGCACCGAGACAUUUCAACACUUCUGCUACAAGUCCUCGAUGAGGGCUUCUUGACGGACUCUCAGGGCCACAAGGUUGACUUCCGAAACACGAUCAUUGUCUUAACCUCCAACCUAGGAGCCGAUAUCUUGGUCGGAAUGGAUCCCUUGUAUAAGCAUAAACUUAAGGAUGAGGGAGAUGUUCCUGAAGCUAUCAAAAAAGCUGUCAUGGACGUUGUACAAGCUUCAUAUCCUCCGGAGUUUCUCAACCGCAUUGACGAAUUCAUCAUUUUCAAGAGACUGUCCAGGGCUGCUCUCCGUGACAUUGUAGACAUCCGACUCAAGGAGCUACAAGGGAGAUUGGAUGAUCGACGAAUGACUCUCCAGGUUGACGACGAGACCAAACAGUGGCUUUGUGAAAAGGGUUAUGAUCCACGCUACGGAGCUCGCCCACUCAAUCGACUCAUCGCGAAGGAAAUCGGCAACAGACUCGCUGAUAAGAUUAUCAGGGGCGAGAUCACCCCUGGACACACCGCACGGGUGAAACUCGAUAAGGAAAAGGAUUCCUUAGACGUUGUCGCUGUCUAA